AUGGAUUUUCAUGGGUCCCUCUUCCCGGGCAGAUCUCCCAGAUGUCUUGGCCCUUGCCUCGUGUGCGGCGUUCCAGCAGCAACAGCGACAGCAGCAGCGGCGGCGGCAAUGAUCCAGGAAGCAAGCGGGCCUGUAAGAAAGACGCAUGUACCUCUCAGGGUGAGGCAAGGUACCGUACGUAAGUGCCUACAUGCCCUCCUCCCCGCAGGAGAGGGAAAGGAUUCCUACCGGCUUUUGUCCCGCAUUGUGAUUUUUCCAUUUACCUACUCCGAGAAUAUUACUACGUCUUUGUUCCACUUUCUCGACCUUUCUCUCAACGCAUUUUCGAAUCCAUCACAGGAAUUCGACUCGAGAUAUUGGGUGCCGGGAACCAAUCACAAACAGGUAUGUUUCCGCUAUCCAACGCGUCUUUUACCUCUCUCUCUAUCUCUCUUUUCCUCUCUAUGGGUCUUUUCCAAAAAACAAAAAAAAAACUGUUUCCGUUGUACUUUUUUCUUUCUUUCUUUUCUGUCUUAUUCUUUGCCCGUUCCUGUCGCCUCAGGCCGAGACCAACCAACCCUGCCGUUUACCAUUGUACCUGGUCAUAGUCAUUAG